AAAUGUAGAGAGUGUCAAUCAAAGGCAGAGCUCAGAGCUGGGAAGGAGGCUCUAGAUGGCGGCUGUGCCUUAGAGAGAGCGCGCUCAGCUCCCAGCCUUCGCCUCACUUUACGCAACUUUCCCUAACUUUCGGGCAGCCUCAGGGGGCCCCCGCAGCCCCCUGCCUCUCCUAGUGGCUUACUGGGGUCGAUUCGAGCCUUUUUUAGGGGGAAAAGCAGCUCUUGGGAGCUUUCUUUUCGUGCCUUGCUGGAAAGAAGCAGCCGUACUGCGAGCCCAGGUCGUUGUUUUUCCAGCUUAGAAGCCAUGGCGCACCUCCAUUUUUGUGCGCUCUCCUAAUGAGGUUUUUUUUCUUCCGGACCCGUUUCAGGAUUAUUUGUUGCUUUAUUUUUUUGAACAGUUAACAUAUUUGAGGAUUAUAUUAUUUAUUUUUUGCUUUUUAACGGAGAAUUUUGUUUUUAUUUUUAAUUAUUUGGGAUCUGAUAUUUUUCUACUACUAGAUAGGACUCUUGCUUUGGACCUACUACAUGGAUCAGUAAAUACCUGGGCACAGGACUUCAAAGCAAACACAGAUUCCCCCUCCCCCUUAAUAUUUAAGAAUUAAAAGAUGAUGAGAAAUAAGGACAAAAGCCAAGAGGAGGACAGUUCGCUACACAGCAAUGCAUCGAGUCAUUCAGCAUCUGAAGAAGCUUCGGGUUCAGACUCAGGCAGCCAGUCGGAGAGUGAGCAGGGCAGCGACCCAGGAAGUGGCCAUGGCAGUGAGUCAAAUAGUAGCUCUGAAUCUUCGGAGAGUCAGUCGGAAUCUGAGAGUGAAUCGGCAGGUUCCAAGUCCCAGCCAGUUCUUCCAGAAGCCAAAGAGAAACCAGCCUCUAAGAAGGAACGGAUAGCUGAUGUGAAGAAGAUGUGGGAAGAAUAUCCUGAUGUUUAUGGGGUUAGGCGGUCAAACCGAAGCAGACAAGAACCAUCACGAUUUAAUAUUAAGGAGGAGGCAAGUAGCGGGUCUGAGAGUGGGAGCCCAAAGAGAAGAGGCCAGAGGCAGCUGAAAAAACAAGAAAAAUGGAAACGGGAGCUCUCAGAAGAUGAACAGGAGCAAGGCACCAGUGCAGAGAGCGAACCAGAGCAAACAGUGAGAGCCAGAAGACCUGUCCCCAGAAGAACAGUGCCCAAACCUCGUGUUAAAAAGCAACCUAAGACUCAGCGUGGAAAGAGGAAAAAGCAAGACUCUUCUGAUGAUGAGGAUGAAGAUGAUGAAGCUCCCAAAAGGCAGACGCGCCGCAGAGCAGCUAAAAAUGUGAGUUAUAAAGAAGACGAUGACUUUGAGACUGACUCAGAUGACCUCAUUGAAAUGACUGGAGAAGGAGUUGAUGAACAGCAGGAUAAUAGUGAAACUAUUGAAAAAGUCUUAGAUUCAAGGCUGGGAAAGAAAGGAGCCACUGGAGCUUCUACUACUGUGUAUGCAGUCGAAGCUAAUGGAGACCCUAGUAGCGACUUUGACCCUGAAAAGGAUGAAGGCGAAGUCCAGUACCUCAUCAAGUGGAAGGGCUGGUCAUAUAUCCACAGCACAUGGGAGAGUGAAGAGUCCUUACAGCAACAAAAAGUGAAGGGUCUAAAAAAACUAGAGAACUUCAAGAAGAAAGAGGAUGAAAUCAAGCAAUGGUUAGGGAAGGUUUCUCCUGAAGAUGUGGAAUAUUUCAACUGCCAACAAGAGCUGGCCUCGGAGCUGAACAAACAGUAUCAGAUCGUAGAAAGAGUAAUAGCUGUGAAGACAAGCAAAUCUACACUGGGUCAAACAGACUUUCCAGCUCAUAGUCGGAAGCCGGCCCCUUCCAACGAACCUGAGUAUCUAUGCAAGUGGAUGGGACUGCCCUAUUCAGAGUGCAGCUGGGAAGACGAAGCCCUGAUCGGAAAGAAAUUCCAGAGCUGCAUUGACAGCUUCCACAGUCGCAACAACUCAAAAACCAUCCCCACAAGGGAAUGCAAGGCCCUGAAGCAGAGACCACGAUUUGUGGCUUUAAAGAAACAGCCGGCAUAUUUAGGAGGAGAGAAUCUGGAGCUCCGAGAUUAUCAGCUGGAAGGUCUCAACUGGCUUGCUCACUCCUGGUGCAAAAGUAACAGUGUAAUCCUUGCUGAUGAAAUGGGCCUAGGAAAGACCAUCCAGACCAUAUCGUUCCUCUCCUACCUGUUCCACCAGCACCAGCUGUAUGGCCCCUUUCUUAUAGUCGUCCCUUUAUCCACCCUCACCUCAUGGCAGAGGGAGUUUGAAAUCUGGGCACCAGAGAUUAACGUAGUGGUUUACAUAGGUGACCUGAUGAGCAGAAAUACGAUACGAGAAUAUGAAUGGAUUCACUCUCAAACCAAAAGGCUAAAGUUCAAUGCGCUUAUAACAACAUAUGAGAUCCUCUUAAAAGAUAAGACUGUGCUGGGCAGUAUUAACUGGGCCUUUCUGGGAGUGGAUGAAGCCCAUCGGUUGAAGAAUGAUGACUCUUUAUUGUAUAAAACUCUGAUUGAUUUCAAGUCCAACCAUAGGCUCCUGAUUACGGGGACCCCUCUUCAGAAUUCCCUCAAAGAGCUCUGGUCCUUGCUGCACUUUAUUAUGCCUGAGAAGUUUGAGUUUUGGGAAGAUUUUGAAGAAGACCAUGGGAAAGGGAGAGAGAAUGGCUAUCAGAGUCUUCAUAAGGUGCUAGAGCCUUUCCUUCUCCGAAGAGUGAAGAAAGAUGUGGAGAAAUCUCUUCCUGCCAAAGUGGAACAGAUUCUCAGAGUGGAGAUGUCAGCCCUUCAGAAACAGUAUUAUAAAUGGAUUUUGACCAGGAAUUACAAGGCUCUUGCCAAAGGAACAAGAGGCAGCACAUCUGGUUUCCUUAAUAUUGUGAUGGAACUGAAGAAAUGCUGCAACCACUGUUACCUGAUUAAACCCCCUGAAGAAAAUGAAAGGGAAAAUGGACAGGAAAUUCUUCUGUCCCUGAUCAGGAGCAGUGGGAAGUUGAUUCUAUUAGAUAAACUGUUGACAAGACUUCGAGAAAGAGGAAACAGAGUCCUUAUCUUCUCUCAGAUGGUGAGGAUGUUGGAUAUCCUGGCUGAGUACCUCACUAUUAAGCACUACCCUUUCCAGCGUCUGGAUGGUUCCAUCAAGGGAGAAAUCAGAAAACAGGCGCUGGACCACUUCAACGCAGAUGGGUCUGAGGACUUCUGUUUCCUGCUCUCGACAAGGGCUGGUGGCCUGGGAAUCAAUUUGGCUUCCGCGGACACAGUUGUCAUCUUUGACUCUGACUGGAAUCCCCAGAACGACUUGCAGGCACAAGCCCGAGCCCACAGAAUUGGUCAGAAGAAGCAGGUGAAUAUUUACCGCUUGGUUACAAAGGGGACCGUGGAGGAAGAGAUCAUAGAACGGGCCAAAAAGAAGAUGGUAUUGGACCAUCUGGUGAUUCAGCGCAUGGAUACCACUGGCCGAACGGUUCUGGAAAACAACUCUGGAAGGUCCAAUUCAAAUCCUUUUAAUAAAGAGGAGCUGACAGCGAUUUUGAAAUUUGGAGCAGAGGAUCUCUUCAAAGAACUUGAAGGGGAGGAAUCAGAGCCUCAGGAAAUGGAUAUAGAUGAAAUUUUGCGCUUGGCUGAAACCAGAGAGAAUGAAGUCUCAACAAGUGCAACAGAUGAACUUCUGUCACAAUUUAAGGUUGCCAACUUCGCAACGAUGGAGGAUGAAGAAGAGCUUGAUGAGCGUCCUCACAAGGACUGGGAUGAGAUCAUCCCAGAGGAGCAGAGGAAGAAAGUGGAGGAGGAAGAGCGGCAGAAGGAGCUGGAAGAGAUUUACAUGUUGCCUCGAAUUCGGAGUUCCACUAAAAAGGCUCAGACAAAUGACAGUGACUCUGACACUGAGUCUAAGAGACAGGCCCAGAGGUCCUCUGCCUCUGAGAGUGAGACGGAUGACUCCGAUGAUGACAAGAAGCCCAAGCGCAGAGGGCGUCCCCGAAGUGUGCGGAAGGACCUGGUGGAGGGAUUCACGGACGCUGAGAUCCGGAGGUUCAUCAAGGCGUAUAAGAAGUUUGGUCUCCCUCUUGAACGGCUGGAGUGCAUAGCACGUGAUGCUGAGCUGGUAGAUAAGUCUGUGGCGGAUCUGAAGCGCUUGGGGGAACUGAUUCACAACAGCUGUGUGUCAGCAAUGCAGGAAUAUGAAGAGCAGCUGAAAGAAAAUGCCAGUGAGGGGAAAGGACCAGGGAAAAAGAGAGGCCCAACUAUCAAGAUAUCUGGGGUUCAGGUUAAUGUGAAAUCUAUUAUCCAACAUGAAGAAGAGUUUGAGAUGCUGCAUAAAUCUAUCCCUGUAGACCCUGAAGAAAAAAAAAAAUAUUGCUUAUCCUGUCGUGUCAAAGCUGCACAUUUUGAUGUCGAGUGGGGAGUAGAGGAUGACUCUCGUCUACUGCUGGGGAUUUAUGAACAUGGCUACGGAAACUGGGAGCUAAUUAAAACGGACCCAGAGCUUAAGUUAACUGACAAAAUUCUGCCCAUGGAGACAGAUAAAAAGCCCCAGGGGAAGCAGCUGCAGACCCGAGCAGACUACUUGCUGAAGUUGCUCAGGAAGAGUCUGGAGAAGGAGGGCACCGUGACGGGCGGGGAAGAGGCCAAAUUAAAGAAGCGGAAGCCUCGAGUCAAAAAGGAAAACAAAGCACCGAGGCUGAAGGACGAACAUGGGAUUGAGUUUUCAUCUCCUCGACACUCGGACAAUCCGUCAGAAGAGGGAGAAGUAAAGGAUGAUGGCUUAGAAAAAAGUCCAACGAAAAAGAAACAGAAGAAGAAAGAGAACAAGGAGAACAAGGAGAAACAAAUGAGCUCUAGGAAAGACAAGGAAGGGGACAAGGAAAGGAAGAAAUCGAAAGACAAAAAAGAGAAGCCUAAAGGUGGUGAUGCCAAAUCUUCAAGUAAAUCCAAGCGCUCUCAGGGCCCUGUCCACAUCACAGCAGGAAGCGAACCCGUCCCCAUUGGAGAGGAUGAGGAGGAUGAUCUGGACCAGGAGACAUUCAGCAUAUGUAAGGAGAGGAUGCGGCCUGUGAAGAAGGCGCUGAAACAGCUGGACAAGCCUGACAAGGGGCUCAGCGUCCAGGAGCAGCUGGAGCACACCCGGAACUGCCUGCUGAAGAUUGGGGACCGGAUCGCUGAGUGCCUCAAGGCCUACUCAGACCAGGAGCACGUCAAGCUGUGGAGGAGGAACCUGUGGAUUUUUGUUUCCAAGUUUACAGAAUUUGAUGCUCGAAAAUUGCACAAGUUAUACAAGAUGGCUCAUAAGAAAAGAUCUCAAGAAGAAGAGGAGCAGAAGAAGAAAGAGGAUGUGAUUGGGGGUAAGAAACCAUUUCGACCAGAGGCCUCGGGUUCCAGCCGUGACUCCCUGAUGUCUCAGUCCCACACCCCGCACAACCUUCACCCGCAGAAGCCUCAUUUGCCUGCCUCUCACGGCCCACAGAUGCACGGACACCCAAGAGACAACUACAAUCACCCCAACAAGAGACACUUUAGUACUGCAGACCGAGGUGACUGGCAGAGGGAAAGAAAGUUCAACUAUGGCGGUGGCAAUAACAACCCGCCCUGGGGGAGCGACCGGCACCACCAGUACGAGCAGCACUGGUACAAGGACCACCACUACGGGGACCGGCGGCACAUGGACGCCCACCGCUCGGGGAGCUACCGCCCCAACAGCCUGUCGAGGAAGAGGCCGUACGACCAGUACAGCAGCGACCGAGACCACCGGGGCCACAGGGACUACUACGACCGGCACCAUCAUGACUCCAAGCGGAGGCGAUCGGAUGAAUUUAGGCCUCAAAAUUACCACCAGCAGGAUUUCCGACGAAUGUCUGAUCACCGCCCCCCUAUGGGCUACCACGGCCAGGGGCCCUCGGACCACCACCGCUCUUUCCACACAGACAAACUGGGGGAGUAUAAACAGCCCCUACCCCCGCUGCACCCCGCAGUCUCAGAUCCUCGCUCUCCCCCUUCUCAGAAAUCUCCUCAUGAUUCCAAGUCACCCCUGGAUCAUCGGUCUCCUUUGGAGAGAUCACUAGAACAGAAAAACAACCCAGAUUAUAACUGGAAUGUUAGGAAAACAUAA